AUGGCGGACCCGCGCCGAGACUCGCAAUAUCUUUCCGACAAUUAUGAAUUGAGUCAAAAUGACGCGGUUUUCAACUACCCUGAAUACGUGCAUGACUCAUAUACACCAAUGCUUCAAUCCUCGUUGAAUCCGCUGCAAUUCGGAAAUGAUCUGAAUUAUAAUUCCGCUAAUGGAUCCAUCUCUAAUACGGCCAACUUUCCAAUUGAUACGACUCACGACUACCUCACAGAAUACGGGUUUGAAGGUUUUCUUGCUGAAGAGCAAAUUUCCUCCGUCUGGACGGGUCACGACUUCUUACAGCCGUUGCCUUCAGAGCAACUAAGCCAAUACAAUCAACUUGACCCAAGUAACGCGCCAUCGGUAGCCUCAUUGAACUAUCAGGAUCGGCCAACCGAAUGCUAUCUUCAUACCAACUACCACUGGUUCCAGUCCAGCAGACCCUUUGGAGCGCUGGAAGGAAUCUCCCCCCAAGCUGAGGCAGCCAGUUUAUCGGCCAUCCAGAAUGCGCUUCACAAUCCAUCGACAUAUUCUGGAAGAAAUCAAACGCACAGCCCACUCGACAUUUCCGUAGAUGACUUGUUCAAAAAACAUCGUCGUCCAUUAUCUCGAGCAGCUUCCACUGCGAGUGGAGAAAGCGGUACUAGUGCGUCUUCUCGGCGUUCUAAUCGAUCUGGUUUGUCUGGGUGGUCUAAUGGUAGCCAGGCCCCUUUGGACAAGACAGCUGCAGGGGUCCGAAAGAAUCAUCCCAGCACAACCAGACAGAAGCGAAGUUAUGCCAGCAAACCUCGCAUGUUUUGCUGCACCUUUUGCUGUGAUAAAUUCAAAAGCAAGUAUGACUGGGCGCGUCAUGAGAAGUCGCUUCAUCUCAAUCUGGAAAGUUGGACUUGCGCGCCAUAUGGAGGAUCCGUCAUCUUACCAUCUACUGGUCGCACCCACUGUGCCUAUUGCAAUCAACUAGAUCCAACACCCGACCACCUUGAGCAACACAAUCAUGGAAACUGUCAACAGGAAAUACGCUCGUUUCGGCGAAAGGAUCAUCUGCUUCAGCACUUACGCCUUUUUCACCGUCUUGAUACCAUGCCACUCAUCGAUAAUUGGAAAACUGCUGUCACGGAAUUUCCUUCCCGAUGUGGAUUCUGCGACAACCGGAUGGAAACGUGGACCAAACGAGCCGAUCAUUUGUCGGCUCACUUCCGCAAAGGCUGUACCAUGGCCCAGUGGGAAGGUGACCAUGAGUUUCCGCCCGAAAUCGCCGCGCAAGUCAGAUACAGUGUCCCGCCAUAUCUACUUGACUUUGAAUCGAGAACAUUUGUACCUUUCUCCGCCACUGACGGGGCUGUUAAUGACCAUCUUUCUCAGAUGCUGUCCCGAGCCAGUUUCCUGGAGGCACGAGGCGAAUCUCAAGCGCUCCCUGAACCUCCCGAGGCAGAGCUGCAAUCAGUCCCAGAGCCUCCUUUAGAGACUUAUACCGAAGUGCUAACCCGACACUUGAGCCAUUAUGCGCAACAAAUGAUGGGGAAUGGUAUCAUUCCUACCGAUGAGAUGUUUCAAUUGGAGGCGAGACGACUCUUAUUCGAUUCAGAGGACCAAUGGAAUCAAACGAUGGCCGAUAAUCAUGAAUUGCUGGCUAAAGUUCGAGGCGAGCAAAGUAGUUGUGGUUCUUUUCAGACUCCAGAUCAAGCCUCUCAAGAUCAACAAUCAACAAUUCAUAUAAAGUAA